AUGCAAAACAAGAAAGAUCUAUGGUUUUGGUCCAUUCUAUUCUCAUUUAUAUUAAGAAACUCUACUUCACUGGACAAUAUAACUCCUGUUCAAUCCAUCACUGAUGGAGAGACAUUAAUUUCGAGUGGAGGAACCUUUGAACUUGGCUUCUACAGCCCCGGAAAUUCAAAGGGCCGAUACUUAGGAAUCUGGUACCAUAACAUAUCCCCUCAGGUAGUGGUCUGGGUGGCUAAUAGAGAAAAACCGCUCAACAACACCUCCGGAGUUCUAAAACUCACCGGCGAAGGACUUGUUGUCCUUAUUGAUGGCAGCACCAACGGCAGCCUUGUAUGGUCCUCCAACAUGUCAAGCAAAGCAGGAGACAAACGGAAUCCGAUUGCACAGCUCUUGGAAUCAGGAAAUCUUGUUGUCAAAGAUGGUCAUAAUGGUGACCACUUUCUGUGGCAGAGCUUUGAUUAUCCUUGUGAUACAUUCGUGCCCGGAAUGAAGCUGGGAUGGGAUCUUGGGACAAGCCUAGAGAGAACUCUAUCAUCUUCAAAAAGUACCGAUGAUCCCGGCCGCGGACACUACACAUUUAGAAUAGACCUUCGAGGCGAUCCGCAAAUAGUUCUAAUGAAUGGAAAUGCCACAGCAAUUAGGGUAGGGCCAUGGAAUGGGCUAAUGUUUUCUGGAGCUACACUUUAUUUGCGCUAUAGCCAAUUCUCAUCUCAAUUUGUUUUCAAUGAAAAAGAGGUGUUUGUUAGGUUCAGACCAGAAAAUACAUCCAAAUAUAUUAGAGGUGUAGUGUACCCUUGGGGAGGUGUUCAGGUUUUGCAUUGGUCAAUACAAACCAGAGGCUGGGAGACCCUUAUUUCUAUACCGGAGGCCGAAUGUGACAAGUAUGCUAUUUGUGGUGCAAAUUCUAUUUGCAGUACUACUCCUACUCCUGUCUGUUCAUGCCUUGAAGGAUUUGCACCAAAAUAUCCUGCAAAAUGGAAGGAAUCUGAUUGGCCUGAUGGUUGUGUUAGGAUCACUCCUUUAAGUUGCAGCAGAGAUGGAUUCAAGAAGGUCACCGGCAUAGUGUUGCCGGAUACGUCUGCUUCUUGGUAUAACAGGACCAUGAACCUGCUGGAAUGCAAGGAAUUCUGUCUGAAAAAUUGUUCUUGUACGGCAUAUUCCGAUUUGGAUAUCCGUGAUGGAGGAAGCGGUUGCUUGAUCUGGUUUCAUGAUCUUGUGGACAUUAGACAAGGUUCACAAGAUUUCUAUAUUCGAAUAGAUGAUAAGCAGAACAAUGAUUCCAGCAAGAGGAAGCUAGCAGUUAUCAUUGUUGGCUCUAUAUUGUUCAUCACGAUCAUAAUACUUGGACUGAAAUCAUUUCUAUGGAGAAAAAGACUUGAGGAGUCAGAUAUAUUUUGGCUGAGGCAACGUGAUCACAAAAAGGAAAAGGAAAACAUGGACCUCCCAACAUUUGAUUUAUCAACCAUAGUUUGUGCCACUGAUCAAUUUUCUAGCAGUAAUGAAUUGGGAAAAGGCGGAUAUGGACCAGUUUAUAAGGGUGUACUUGCAAAUGGGACUGAGAUUGCCGUAAAGAGACUUUCCAAGAACUCUGACCAAGGACUGCAGGAGUUCAAAACGGAAGUUCAGCUAAUUGCAAAACUUCAGCAUCGCAACCUCGUAAAGCUUCUUGGUUGUUGCAUUCAGCAAGAAGAGAAACUUUUGAUUUAUGAGCUCAUGCCCAACAGGAGUUUGGACUACUUUAUUUUUGAUGAUGCUAGAAGAAAAUUAUUAGAUUGGGCUAAGCGCUUUCACAUUAUUCGUGGCACAGCUCGAGGCCUAGUCUACCUGCAUCAGGACUCUAGGCUAAGAGUCAUUCAUAGAGAUCUAAAAACUAGUAAUAUUCUUCUUGACAAAGACAUGAAUGCGAAAAUAUCAGACUUCGGUCUUGCUAGGACAUUUGCAUGUGAUCAGAUUGAAGACAAGACAAAAAGAGUGGUGGGAACUCAUGGUUAUAUUUCGCCCGAGUAUGCCGUUCGUGGCUCAUUUUCAAUGAAAUCUGAUGUGUUCGCCUUUGGUGUAAUCGUGCUUGAGGUAGUCAGUGGGAGGAAGACUAGAGAGUUCUGUGUCCCUAACCGAAGUCUUAACCUUCUUGGAUUUGCAUGGGAGCUAUGGAAUGAGGAGAGGACUUUGGAGCUGGUAGAUGAAUCACUGUGCGAUUCGGUGAAUCAAGCUGAAGCAUCGAGAUGCAUUCAGAUAGGACUGUUGUGUGUGCAAGAGAGACCAGAACAUAGGCCAAACAUGUCAUCUGUAGUUCAUAUGUUGGAUGAUGAUAAACCAUUGCCUCGGCCAAGGCUGCCUGCAUUUUAUUCACACCAACAACAUUCUACACUAAUUGAUGGUGAAGAUGGUGAAGAAGCUCAUUCCGCAAAUGAGGUUACCAUAUCAUUGUUAGGGGCAAGGUAGUAAACAGAUUUUACAUUCAAUGAUGUUGUGUGAUUAUUCAUAUGUUGUAUAAAUAAAUAGCCUUGUUAAUAACAUUAAUUCUGUUCUG